GGUGGAGAGACAUCCUAGAAUUUCCCCCCUCCUCCACUGUUUCGGACUUCGCAAUCUAAGUCCAACACCCACAUAUUCAUUUCAGGAAGAUGCAAGUUGGACCGGCACAGAGCCAGAGACAGAGACACUUGAUUACCGAAGCAAGAAGAGUAGCAACGCCACAGACAAACUGACAUGUUUUGAUAUCGUAACUCUUUGGGAAUGCCUCUUUAAAACUUGAUUGUAUCGACGCAUUGCAUUCUAUGUAACUCGUACUACCCCGUCUGGACUGUAUGAUGGACUGGACGGUUAGCAGUCGGGCCCUAUUGUGGUGCAUUUUCACGUUAAUGUGUAGUAUUGACCCACUUCAAAUGAGUUUCUGCCGCGCCAGCACCGUCUCCCUCCCCGAAAGCCUGCUCUUUGUGUCCACCCUGGAUGGGAACCUACACGCCGUCAGCAAGAAAUCAGGCUCUAUCAAAUGGACGCUGAAAGAGGAUCCUGUUCUGCAGGUUCCAACGCAUGUGGCGGAGCCAGCUUUUCUGCCUGACCCUAACGAUGGCAGCCUGUACUCUCUAGGAGGGAAGAACAACGAGGGACUGACUAAACUGCCUUUCACCAUACCUGAGCUGGUCCAGGCGUCACCCUGCCGCAGCUCUGACGGGAUCAUCUACAUGGGUAAGAAGCAGGACCUGUGGUACGUGGUGGACCUGUUGACAGGGGAGAAGCAGCAGACCCUCACUUCCUCCUUUGCUGAGAUGCUGUGUCCCUCCUCCUCCCUGCUCUACCUGGGACGCACAGAGUACACUAUCACCAUGUACGACACCAAGAGUAGAGAGCUCCGCUGGAAUGCCACCUACUUCGACUACGCCUCCACGCUGCCUGACGACGACACCAGAUACAAGAUGGCCCACUUUGUCUCUAAUGGUGACGGGCUGGUGGUGACAGUGGACAGUGAGUCGGGUGACGUCCAGUGGAUCCAGAAUUACAACUCCCCCGUGGUGGCCAUGUACAUAUGGCAGCGCGAGGGCCUGCGCAAGGUGCCGCUCACAAAUGUCGCUGUGGAAACGCUGCGCUACCUCACCUUCAUGUCAGGCGAGGUGGGCCGCAUCACACAGUGGAAGUAUCCCUUCCCCAAGGAGAAGAAGCCCAAAAAUAAGCUCAUGGCCACACUCUACGUAGGCAAGUACUCCACCAGCCUGUACGCAUCGCCCUCCCUGGUGCAUGAUGGGGUCACGGUCGUGCCCCGUGGCAGCACCUUCCCCAUGCUGGAGGGUCCUAACAGCCAGGAGGUAACAAUGGAGGAGGAGUGUGUGAUCACCCCCAGGACCAGCGUCAAAUUCAACUCUGCCCUGAGGGAACGCAACCGCAUCAACUUCAUGAGGAACCACCUGCUCCUCAUAGGUCAUCAUGAGACGCCUCCUGAUGCCCAUAACAAGAUCCUGGAGAAGUUCCCUGACAGUAUCCCACGCCAGCAGAGCAAUGUCAUCCCCCCCACCACAGAGAAGACCCUAGAGGAGAAGGUGAAUGAGAGUGACAUGGGAGAAGGCCCCACUGUGGGCCCCAGCCCCCCGGCGGUCACCUCCAUCCAGGAGCAGCCGGGGCGAACCUCACAGGUGAGGGUGGAGGCCCCUGUGGACUCUAUGCUUAAAGACAUGGCCACCAUCAUUUUCAGCACCUUCCUCCUGGCUGGCUGGGUAGCCUUCAUCAUCAUCUACCCCAAGAGUGUUCACAAACAGCAGCAGCUGCAGCAUGAACAGUUCCAGAGGCAGUUGGAUGAGCGGCUGGAUCUCUUGAGGAGACAGCCGUUCUCUCCCCCAGGGACCGACUUGCCCCUGCUGGCCCCGGACGCUGACUCAGACCACAGCAGUCCCAACGGCACCCCCAACAUCACCCCCCGUGCAUCCAACCACUCCAACCUGUCUGUGCCCGAGCUGGGCAGCUCCGCCAACGAGGACGGAGAUGAGGACCCCAACAUGGUCAGAGUUGGAAAGAUAAUGUUCCGUCCCAAAAAUGUUUUGGGACAUGGUGCAGAGGGAACCAUCGUGUAUAAGGGUCAGUUUGACAACCGUGCCGUGGCAGUCAAGAGGAUCCUCCCAGAAUGCUUCAGCUUUGCUGACCGUGAGGUGGACCUGCUGCGCGAGUCGGACGAGCACCCCAACGUCAUCCGUUACUUCUGCACAGAGAGGGACCGCCAGUUCCAGUACAUCGCCAUAGAGCUGUGUGCCGCCUCACUGCAAGAGUAUGUGGAGAGACAGGAUUUUGAUCGGCAUGGACUGGAGCCUGUGAUGCUGCUGCAGCAGACCAUGUCAGGACUGGCACACCUGCACUCCCUCAAUAUAGUGCACAGAGACCUGAAGCCCCACAACAUCCUGGUGUCCAUGCCCAACGCCCACGGUCGGGCGCGGGCCAUGAUCUCCGACUUUGGCCUGUGUAAGAAGCUGGCGGUGGGCCGACACAGCUUCAGCAGGAGGUCCGGGGUGCCCGGGACCGAGGGGUGGAUCGCCCCAGAGGUCCUCAGUGAGGACUGCAAGGACAACCCUACGUGCACGGUGGACAUCUUCUCUGCAGGCUGUGUGUUCUACUAUGUUGUGUCCUGGGGAUGUCAUCCCUUUGGCAAGUCUCUGCAGAGGCAAGCCAACAUACUGCUGGGAGCCUACAGCCUGGACCAGCUACAGCCCCACAAACAUGAGGACAUCGUGGCCAUAGACCUGAUAGAACAGAUGCUGAGCAUGGAGCCCCAGAGGAGGCCUUCUGCUGAGAGCGUGCUCAAACACCCCUUCUUCUGGAGCCUGGAGAAACAGCUGCAGUUCUUCCAGGACUUGAGUGACAGGAUAGAGAAGGAGCCGCUGGACGGACCAAUCGUAAGACAGUUGGAGCGAGGGGGGCGGGCCGUGGUGAAGCUGGACUGGAGGGAACACAUCACAGUGCCUCUACAGACCGACCUACGCAAAUUCCGGUCGUAUAAAGGAGGGUCUGUCAGAGAUCUUCUCCGUGCCAUGAGAAACAAGAAGCACCAUUACAGGGAGUUACCAGCUGAGGUCCAGGAGACUCUGGGCUCCAUCCCUGAUGACUUUGUCUCCUACUUCACUUCCCGCUUCCCCCACCUGCUGUGCCACACCUACCUGGCCAUGCGCACCUGUGCCCACGAGAGGUCAUUCCUUCCCUACUACUCCAGCUCAGAGCAGCUCUCCUGGAUACGGACUCCCUACACACACCCCGAGACCACCCCCCCGCUGCAGACACACACGUCGCAGCCAGAGGAACCCACACCGUCAAACACAGUACCCUCACAGCCUGAGGUGUCAAACACAAUUCCAUCCACAGACCCCAUACAGUCAGUGACCGUAUCAGACUCUACACCCAUACAGUCACUGUCAAUCACAACAACCCCCCCACAGUCAGUGCCAACCACAGUACCAGCAGAGCCAGUAUCAUCCACAUCAUUACCAGUCCAACCAGUACUGCCUACAUCACCCUCAUCCACACUGCCAGACCUGCCUCCACAGACAGUGUUGCCCUCAGAACCCCCCACACAGUCAGAAACCCCCCCUUACAGAUCCCAUCCCACCUGAGCCACACAUACUGCCAGUGCCACAUCCAGCCACACCGGACACAGAGCCUGCCUGAGAGCCGAUGAGGGGUGGUGGAUGAGUGCUGCACAGAGGAGCAUUGCCUUACGAGUGGACACAUACUGGUGCUCUGUUGCUCUGUCCUGUGCUGGUGAGGACCAGGCCUGCAGUGCCUGGGAGCUGCCGACAGGGGGGAGCAGCAGCCCAAACCAAGUGCCUUUCCUGCUCGACUGAGACAAAAUGGCUCUGAAUGGAAUCGUCCCAAUGUCCCUCGAAGCAUCAAGAAGCCAGGGCUGAAAUGAACUAGUGGGGGCUGUAAUGUGUAGUACAGAGAGAAUCUGUUUUAUUUGCAAUGGAGUCCCUCCUAAUGUCAAGUAUUGUGAGGUAUUCAAGUAUUGUUGGGCACAAAAUACUUGGCAAAGCAAGGGAGGAAUUCUUCUGUUGAUGUUGUUGAAAGACAAGUUGACAAUGGUAGUUUUACUGUGGAAUCUUAUUUCUCUUAAUGAGCCUAUUCACUGUAAAGAGGUGUAUAUUAUUGUAUAGGUGAUGACUUGAUAAUGACUAUCGUUGAAAAUCAUGGGAUGUGGCCAUUGUGCCUUUCUAAAUAACACUGUGUUAUGUAAGUGAGCUCUGUGAGGGUAGAUGUCUGGAAUAGUUUUGCUUGCUGCUGCAGAUGCUGCUUGUCUCUUGAAUCAAUACUAUUUCAGUGCCUGUCUUCCUGUGCAGGUGAGGGCAGAUAGUCCAAAGGGUGUUUGAACUAAACACUGGUAAAAGCAUAAUGUGUUUAUCUUUUCUACUUUUAACUCUGAUAGCUUUGUGCUGUACAUAAGGCACAAGGCAAUAUGUGAUCUGAUUGUGUUUUUAUUGCAGGACAUCACCCAAAGUCUUGUUUGCUUGACCUCUGACACACGAGGCCUUUACUAAAACUGGUUCAGCUACAAGUCAUGACAGGAUGAUUACAGAAAACAUUCACUUCACAUUCUGGUUUUUGCUGUCUGAGGAAUGGUGUUUUCUCUCAUCCUAGCUUUGAUGAAUGAUGAUCCAAUGCAACAUGUUUUAUUCAAUCAUAUUGUCUGUAUAAUGAUUGGCAGUUAAAUAGGUCUUCAUUUAUUACAUGAAUUAACUGUUAGUUUGUUAAUAUUUUAUUUUUUAAGUGGAAUACAUUUACUUCAGGUUUAUUUUGUACUGUUCAUUGUACAUCAAAAACCCCAAGAAUGUACAGUAUUUUGUCUAAUGCAAGCUGUUUAAAAUUAAGUGAAGAGUGUUUUGUGCAAAAGUGAACAGUAAAUCUUUUGCAGUCUCGCCUGACGAUGCCUUUUACUGUUAAGAUUUCAUUUCUAACAUGCCAUCCUGAAUGCAAGAAUAGUUUGUUUUAUGAUAUUCCUUUUUCAGUUUUGCAUUUGUCUCCUUUUGCCAACAUGUCUGCCAUUGUUGGAGUGAAAAUGCCAAAUUAAAUCAGCAUUAAUAUCUGUUACUGUGUUAGUUUGCAGAUAUUUUGAGCUUGUGGAACUAAUGCUGCAUUUAUAACCAAGUGGGAAGGUGGUAUUUACCAUAUACCAACUGGGAAAAUCCACUUGAACGCACCUACAACUUCUAAUUACUAGUGGGAAACUCAUCGAUCAUCCCUGAUCUCGGCUUCUCCCACAUGCUGACCUCUGACAACACCUACGAAGGAAGAGACUUCACCAACAGCAGUUUCGUCAGUUAAAUGUAGCACAACAUUUAUAAAAAGCAAUCUAUUAACAUUUUUUAACUUGAAUUUGUUAACAACCAUGAAAGCUGUACUUUUAGUUGGUGAAUUAUGAUUUGGUGUAACAAUGUAUACAGACCCUUUUCUAUGCAACAGCCUCCUAUGUGUGUUUACCUGAUUUAGAUGUCCGUGUAUAUGAAUCCUUCUUUUGUCCCUCCUUUAGAAGCACCAUUACAGGAAGUUACCAGCUGAGGUCCAGGAGACUGGGCUCCAUCCCUGAUGACUUUGUCACCUACUUCACCUCCCGCUCCACACCUACCUGGCCACACCUACCUGGCCAAUAUUUUAUUUAUUUAUUGCAGGGCGUCAGCCAAAGUCUUGUUUGCUUGAUCUCUUGACACACUAGGCAUAACUAAAACUUGUUUGGCUACAAGUCAUGAUAAGAUGAUUACAAUGUAUUCCCUUUACAUUCCGGGUUAUGGGCUUGAGUUUCUUUGUCCAUUCUUUGAUGGAGGAAUUAUAUUUAUUUUCUCUCGUCUCAUAUUCCUUAACAAGGAUCCAGUGAAACAUGUUUUAUUCCAUCACAUCCAUUGUCCGUGAAUAACAGAUUAAUAUGUAUUACAUUUAACUGUAAUAGUCUAAUAUUUUAUUUAUUUUGUAAGCUGUUUUUAUGUACUGGCCAUACUACACAGUUUCAAAAUUGUCUCAUUUUGCAUUGCCAACGAAUAUGCAGCUGUUUUAUGUGAAAAAGCCAAAUAAAUCACCGUUAUAUUUGUGCCUUUUGAACUUUA